UUGGACUCUGACACAGUGACAGAGUAUUUCUUCACGUUCUCCUGCUUCUCCCAAAACGCUGCCUGUGUAAGAUCACAAAGGGACAUGAAAAAGCGACACACUCUCCCCAUUCGUUCCCUCCAUUUCCCACCCCCACCCCCACUGUGCGCGGUCAGGUGACCGGUACCGAGUCUCGAGCCCCUCCAACAGGAUUCAGUGCAUUCAGCCUCGCGGUCGGGGACGCACGGUGUGGGACACGCACAGCGACACGCACAGCGACACGCACAGCGGCGCGCGGAGCGAAGGCCGACAUGGUGGGGGCCCGCGCGGCUCUCCUCCUGCUCCUGCUCGCGCUGAUCGUCGUCUCGGCUCUGGGGCUUGAGGUGCCGACUGACGGCUCGCCGGGCCUGCAGCUAGAGCCUCAGGUGGCCAUGUUCUGCGGGAAGCCCAACAUGCACAUGAACGUUCAGAGCGGUAGCUGGGAGUCGGACCCCAGCGGGACCAAGAGCUGCAUCCGCACCAAAGAGGGCAUCCUGCAGUACUGCCAGGAGGUGUAUCCUGAGCUCCAGGUUACCAACGUGGUGGAGGCCAACCAGCCAAUCAGCAUCCAGAACUGGUGCAAGAAAGGAAGGAAACAGUGCAGGAGCCACGUGCACAUCGUUGUGCCCUACCGCUGUCUCGUCGGGGAGUUUGUGAGCGACGCCCUCCUCGUUCCAGACAGGUGUAAGUUCAUGCACCAGGAGCGCACGGACCAGUGUGAGAGUCAUCUGCACUGGCAUACAGUGGCCAAGGAGUCCUGCGGGGACCACUCCAUGAACCUCCACGACUACGGGAUGCUGUUGCCGUGCGGCAUCGACCGUUUCCAGGGGGUGGAGUUUGUGUGCUGCCCAUCGGAGGCGGAGCCCAGUUGGGACGGCGAGCGGCCGGACGAGUCGCAGUCGGACGUGUGGUGGGGCACCGCCGAGGCUGACUACGGAGACAGCAGCAUGCGGCAGGAGGUGGAGCCUGCAGGGCAGAAAGAGGUGGAGUCUGUCCCGGGAGAUGCGGAGUACAAGGAAGAGGAGCGGGAGGAUCUGGACAAGGACGGCGAUGGCGAGGAGGACGCCGACGGAGACCUGGACGGUGAUGGCGACGAAGACGAGGAUGACGUUGGCAUAGCUGACAUAGGUGACCGCGGAGGCGGCAUUUCCAUGACAACCACAACGACCACGACCACGACCACAGAAUCUGUGGAGGAAGUGGUACGAGUGCCCACCACUGUCCCGAGCCCCCCCGAUGCCGUGGACCGCUACCUGAAAACCCCCGGCAACGAGAACGAGCACGCUCACUUCCAGACGGCCAAGGAGAGCUUGGAGGCAAAACAACGUGAGAAGAUGUCGCAGGUGAUGAGGGAGUGGGAGGAGGCCGAGCGGCGGGCCAAGAACCUCCCUCGCGCCGACAAAAAGGCAGUCAUCGAGCACUUCCAGGAGAAGGUGGAGCUACUGGAGCGCGAGGCAGCCAGCGAAAGGCAGCAGCUCGUGGAGACACACAUGGCGCGUGUGGAGGCCCUGCUCAGCGACCGCCGCCGCCUGGCACUCCAAAGCUACCUGGCAUCCCUGCAGGUCCCCACCCCCAGGCCCCGUCAGGUGUUCGUCCUACUCAGGAAGUACCUGCACGCCGAGCAGAAGGACCGCCAGCACACUCAGAAGCACUUUGAACACUUGCGCAUGGUGGACCCUAAGAAGGCCUCUCAGAUCCGGCCUCAGGUGCUCACCCACCUGCGAGUGAUCGAGGAGCGCAUGAACCAGUCGCUGGCGCUGCUGUACAAGGUUUCUGGAGUCGCUGACGAGAUCCGGGACCAAGUGGACAAGCUGGUGCAGCGGGAACAGGCCGAAGUGUCGCAGCAGCGCUCGUCCCUCCUCUGCUAUGGCAACGACGCCCCGAUGCCUAACCUGCCCCGGAGCCCCACCCCCAUGGACCUGCUGCCCCUGAGGGAGGGCGGAGUCGGCUUCAUCCACCCCGAGAGCUUCGGCUUGGCCAACACAGAGAACCAGCGAUCUGGACUGAAAGCAGACAUCAUUCCGGAAGUGCGUCUUGAGACGGAGGAGCGGCAAAGUGCCGCGUUUGAAGUGCACCAUCAAAAACUGGUGUUCUUUGCCGAGGACAUGGGCUCCAAUAAGGGAGCCGUCAUCGGGCUGAUGGUGGGAGGGGUCGUCAUAGCAACCAUCAUCAUUACCACUUUGGUGAUGCUGAGGAAGAAGCAGUACACGUUCAUCCAUCAUGGCAUCGUCGAGGUGGAUGCAGCCGUGACCCCAGAAGAGCGCCACCUGACGAGGAUGCAGCAGAAUGGCUAUGAAAACCCCACCUACAAGUUCUUUGAGCAAAUGCAUAACUGAAGAUACCCCCCAACCCCUUGUCAGUGUCAGUCACAUGACUCCGCCCCCCCUUGCCCCACCCCCGGGCCCCAUGACUGAGAUUUAUGUACCUGACAUUAUGGCCGGGGCUAACACAGAGUCCCAGUCAAUCGGUUCUGCUUGUUGCCAUGGAGAUGCACAACCCCUGCCCUAAGUGGCCAGUGAAAGCAACAGGCAUGCCUUCUCAUCUAACCUUCUCAUUGAUUGGCUAACUCAGCUGUCAGUUGCACACAUUGGUUGCUCUGAUUGGCCCAUCCCAAAAUGGUCAGAAAGAGGCAGAGUUAGCAGAAGUCCUCCACUGAGGCUCUGUGCUGGUAAAUUCCACCUGCGCACACGUGUGUGUGUGUGAGAGAGAGACACACACACACACACACACACACACACACACACACACACAUACACACACACCCUUCUCUUUCACCCCUCCCUUUCUCCCGACCUGUGUGUAUUAAAGCUGCAUUCUGUCUGUCCACCUGGUUAUUCUACUGUUUGGGGUUUGUUUUUCAAAAAGUGAAGAAUUUAUAAAAACAGAAAGGAGAAAAAGAAACUAAGGACAUUAACUAAAGUGAGUGUUUUUAUUUCUGUAUCAUGUAUUAUUAGCAGAUAUUAGCUGUUCCUGUUUAAUGCAUGAGAUGACUGAAUUUAAAAAGAUAUUUGGUGGCCUGGACCGGAGUGCUCCAUCCGUCUUCCUCCUGUCCACUGUAAUUGAGCAGCACCGUCUGCCUGUUAUUUAUGCAGAAACUGGGUCGUUUGGUUUGUUCUUAUGGAUUUACAGCAUUGUUUCAGUCUGAAAACCAGGGUGUGUCUCUGCUGCCCCUAGUGGUGGGGGGUGGGACUGCAGCGUGUGGUGGGGGUCCUCGGUGUAUAACGUCACGUGUAACAUCACACGCUCUCAGUUGGGUGUCCCUGGGCAUUUCUACAGGCCAGCACGGGGCAGGCUGGAGCAGGGUGGGGUUGCGACCCAGUGUGCCCCUCUGGUCUCUCUACUGUCCUUCCCUCCGUCACGGCGAGAAAACAAAUGACCCCCCAUUAUUUGUCUUUCCCUCCUUUCAGGGAGGGGUGUAAAAAUUUAUAAAACACCCACCUGAACUUCCAAUAUUGUUUUAAAUUGGCACAUUUAAAACAGUACAGAGACAGGAAACACCCCCCACCUGUUUGUCUUUCCGCCUGCAGCCCCACCUAUCACACGCUAUACUGCGAACAUCUGUGUGUCACCAAUGUACAUGUUGUACACCGCGUGCUGUUCAGGAAAGCGGGAGAGAAGGUUCUGGAAGCCCCAUAUUUGUACUUGCUCUUACAGGUCCUCCCCACCUGUGUGUUCAUUGGGUGGGCGGUGCAGUUGAGUUUUGUGGGUGUGGCCUAGUGUAGUAGGAGGAGCCAGAGGGAUGGUUGUGAUUGACGAGAAGUGGAAUGAGGAUCAAAAGGCCAUGAGAACCAUCCUCUUCACAUGGCUUUUGGGUGAGCAGUCCAUCAUUUUUGACCCAAGGUGUUAGCCUCUAGGGGGGGCGAGGUCAGACGUGGGGCACGGUGCGUCUGUGGCAGGCGCGGUGGUCCGGGAGCGAGGCGAGGUCCUCGGAGAUGGAGCUCCUGCACCAGGCACAAAGGGCCAGUAGGGGGCGCACUUAUUUCAACUGAUUUCUCUGUGCUACUUUACAAACCAUGUGCUUUGACUGGGAGAGCUUUAUACACUGUACAUAAAUAAAGU